AUGACGUCCGCGUCGUUCACACCCGCCGCAGGCCCGCCACCGUUACAUCCGGUCCGGAGGCAAUCGCCUCCUGCUGUAACCUCGGCAAAUUUUGGGACUCCUACUCCGCCGCCUUCUCCGCCGAUGACGACCGGCACGGCGGCGUUUCGCCGUGACACUGUGCAGAAGCCGUGCGCAUGCGUGCCCGGAGUCGAGGAGAAAGAAUUGAAAACCAACUGCCGUGUGUCCAUAACGGAGGAGAGUUUGAGGUCCAUCGUCCUCAAGCCUGUAGCCCGGCGAACUUGA